UCGCAUAGCUUGUCACCGGCGCCUAUUGCCUCUCUGAGAUCGCACCUACGCUUCCACUACCUCGACAUCACCGCACAGUAUCUAGCUUUGGCGGUGUAGCUUUCACACAAGGGCCUCUACGCUCCCUAUUAACGGUUGCACAUCCGCUGUGGACACACCGCCUCCUGCCUACCUCUAUGGGUGACGGGUGAACGAGCUGCCGGCUGUGAACAUCUGCAUUGCGCGCUACACCACCUCGUGGAUUGUGGACGCCAUGGAGGACGAUCAAGUUGCGACUUUCAUGACGGUGACGGGCGUGGAUUCUCAAGAUGUUGCACGAGGUUACCUUCAGAUAUCAGGUGGCGAGGCGAUGCAAGCCAUUCAGACAUUUUACGACAACCCAGAGUUACAGUCGAGCUUCGCUGCGUCCUCGGCGCCUCCUGCACCGGCUACCUCGUCAUCUCGCGCCCGCACCAGCGGUCCUGAAAACCGAGCAAGCUCCCGCGACGUCAUAGAAAUCGAAUCCGACGACGACGAUGUACCAAUGGUCGACAACGACAGUGACCAUGAAGAUGUCGCUGCCGUAGCUAGAAAUGCCCAAGAAGAGGAAGAUGCCGCUAUGGCGAGGCGAUUACAAGAAGAACUUUACGGAUCAGGUUCAGGUGCUGUGGACGACGGCAUACGAGCUCCUAUAGCUCAGACAACAGAAACACUAGCCGGUCCUGACCUGUCAUGGGGGCCAAUAGAUGAUCAUGAUGAACAGCUAAGAGCUCUUCGAGCUCGUCAACAACGGCGAAACCGCAACGCUGGUAACCCGUUUGAUCAAGCGCCCUCAAUAUGGGAUGAUACCUCUGCACCGCCAAUACUACCGAAUACGCGAUCCGAUCAGGGCGCAUCCCGUGCAGCGCAUUUACGCGAUCUAUUCCGACCACCCCACGAAUUGAUGAGUGACGCGACAUGGGACGAAGCGAGAGACGAAGGCAAGGAAGAAAAGAAGUGGAUCAUGGUUAAUCUCCAGGAUCUAGACAUCUUUCAAUGCCAAGUCUUGAAUAGAGACGUGUGGAAGGAUGAGAAUUUAAAGGCUUUGAUUAAAGAGCACUUCAUUUUCUUGCAAUACGACAAACGUGAGCUGAGAGCUCAAUCAUACGUCCAGCUCUACUUUCCAAACGGUGCCCACGAGAAUGGUGACAACUUCCCCCACGUUGCCAUCAUUGAUCCUAGGACCGGGGAGCAAGUCAAGGUCUGGUCCGGAAUCCCCUUUCCUUCCGCAGGCGAACUUUAUGGUGACCUGACCGAGUUUCUCGAUCGGUACAGCUUGGCGUCUAACAGCAAGAAUCCUGUCGUCCAAUCUAAGCCGAAGCGCCAACAAAUCGACGUAGGUCGAUUGACAGAAGACGAAAUGCUGCGCCUAGCUUUGCAGAACAGCUUAGAGAAUCAGGAUGGCUCAUCGGGAUCGAAUCUACAGGAUCCAGAUAUGCUCACGAGGUCUAGCGAUGACUCCGGAAAGGGGAAAGGCAAGGCUGAUGAAGUAGUAGACCUCACAGGUGACUCGGCCCAACCAUCUCAUGGGGGGUCUGAUAACCCAGCCGAGCUCGCCUUUUCCCAAAUCGCAUCAACCAACCCACAUAUAGAGCCAGAGAAUAACCCAGCAACAACAACGAGAAUACAGUUCAGACAUCCUACGGGACGCAUCAUUCGCCGUUUCGCAGUGGCUGAUACAGUCCGUCGUAUCUACGAAUGGCUAAAGGCAGAGCCAUUUGAGGGCAAGGAGGGUGUGACAUUCGAGCUGAAGGCGAUGCCGGCAGGUGCGGAUCUGAUCGAGAAACUGGACGAGACUAUCGAGGAAGCCGGCUUGAAGCAAGGCACUGUUAUGAUUGAGUUUAUCGAAGAGUAAUACAAGGUUUAUGCUGCACGAGGGGCAAGCGUGUGUAUAAGGCUAUAAUAAUGCAUUCCCCGACGGUGUUUGCAAGGUAUUCGCAUCAUUCUUCUAGGAAGGUUUAAAGGGCUACAUGAUUCCUCAUAGAUAGAUGCCACGGCGCUUGGCUGCGUUACUUCUAGACUUUCGACAGCCUGCAAUAUCGAGGCAGAGAUA